AUGAUUCCUGUUCUGAUCUGUGCGUUGGUCUCACUUAGCGCAGCGGCUAACGACUUAGACAUUCUGUAUCCUGAUCUGGAGCACUCCAGAACCAUCUAUGUCACAGAGAACGGGCCGCGACUCUCCGUGGCGGCGGAGCAGAUGAAGGUGUUGUCGCGGCGAGGAGGGAACGCUACGCUACCGUGCAAGAUCCAAAUGGACCAAUCACUGACGCCGAGUCGGAAGAUGAGGAUCAAAUGGACCAAGCUGACCUCAGACUACCUGAAAGAGGUUGAUGUGUUUGUCGCCAUGGAUUACCACAAGAGGAGUUACGGCAGUUUCCACGGACGCGUCCACCUGCAGGGCUCCUCCCCCAUGGACGCCUCUCUGGUCAUCACAGAGAUCACCCUGGAGGAUUAUGGGAGAUACAAGUGUGAGGUCAUCGAUGGGCUGGAAGACGGAACCGUGGUGGUGUCCCUCGACCUGGAAGGCGUUGUCUUCCCCUACUUCCCCCGCCUCGGCCGCUACAACCUCAACUUCUACGACGGCGAGCGGGCAUGUCGGGACCAGGACGCCGUCGUGGCCUCCUUCGACCAGCUGCACGAAGCGUGGCGAGGGAAGCUGGACUGGUGCAACGCCGGCUGGCUGAGCGACGGCUCGGUCCAGUACCCGAUCACCAGUCCCAGAGAACCCUGUGGAGGAAAGAACACGAUGCCGGGGGUUAGAAACUACGGCCUGAGAGACAAAGAGAAGAACCACUACGACGUGUUCUGCUUCACCUCCCACUACAAAGGUCGGUUCUACUACCUGAUCCACCCCUCUAAACUGACCUACGACGAGGCAGUGCGGGCCUGCCAACAGGACGGCGCUCAGAUUGCCAAGGUCGGCCAGAUGUUCGCCGCCUGGAAGCUGCUGGGCUACGACCGCUGCGACGCCGGCUGGUUGGCCGACGGCAGCGUCCGCUACCCGAUCUAACCCCGGCGCCGCUGCAGCCCCACGGAGGCCGCCGUCCGGUUCAGCGGCUUCCCCGACAAGAAGCACAAGCUGUACGGAGUGUACUGCUUCAAGGGCCACAACUGA